GUGAAGGACACAGGACGGAAAUGAAACUUCUAAACCUCUCAUUACAUAACAGUUGCUCAGGGAGCACUGCAAUAAAUCGGAAGAAGGGUGUCAGGAGUUAUUCAGUUUCGUCAUACUGAUUUAUCCUAGGAGGAUUGAACACCAAUCAUAAUUGAUUUUGGUUAAUCUUAUAUCUACAAAAAGCAUAUGUUCUUCUGUGAGUCAGGUUACUGCUAGACCAAAAUAAAACAAAACUCCACUAGGAAUAUUUGAACACAAUCUAAGGAGUUAAUGCUUCUGGAAAAACAGUUUAUCUUUACAUACAAAUGUCGAAGAUAAAGAACGGGGAUAAAACUAGAGUGAAACUGCAAGAGAACACCGAAGGAGAUAGGACACGAAAGUUACUCAUUAAUGCAGAAGUAAUGUGUUUGGCUGAUGUGUUGACAGACCCAAGGCAACUGCUUCAUCGAGCAUCACAUAAAAAGCCUGGUAGGGCUGAGACAUAUAAUUUGACUUCUUUAAACACGGGACGGCUCUCCAGAGCAAUCAGUAUUGAUCAUUCUGAAGAUUUCCAAUGUGGGAUGAAUGAAAACUUUGAAGAAAAUGAAAACACAUUGUCUCAAAAUCCACCAUGUCCAGCAAAGGUUCAUAUAGUUAAAAAGGAAAAAAAGAACAUAACAAACAAAAGUAAAACAGCACAAGGUAAUGUAAAGAUAUUUGAGAAGCCCCGAAUAAUCAUUACCGUGAUGAAGCCGUUUGGGCUACGAGUUCUGCGUUCCAAUCCAGUCCCAAAUGUAAAUGUGUCUAUUCGACACAUUCAAAAAUGGAAAAAGAAAAUACGAACCCAAACUAAACAGCAGAGUGAAGAUAUUCAGAAGAAGAAAAUUAUGAUCCCAGUAGACAAUCAUCUGGAAAAUUCAAAUGAUUAUAUCGUAAAGAAGUGGAUUCAACAAAAGAAUAUGUUACUAAGAAAAGAGAGAGAAAGGAAGAAGAAGCAGAGACGCUUAGAAAAAGCAAAUAAUAAAAGACAAGAAAUUGAUCGUCAAAAGAGGCAAAAAGAAUCUGAAGAAAAGGUUAAAAUGUGGAUGAAGAACAGAAUAAAAAACAGUUCAAAGAAGAAUAUAAACAUUAAUGAGAGUGUGAUUUCACUCAGCACAGAUAAAAGUGCUCAAAAUGCAAAAGUGUCACCUCCUGUUGUAAAUGCAGUGAAAAAAUCUAUUAGCCAAAACCCAAUUAAAACCUUAAAGACUGAAAAACAAAUAACUGAAGAAAAGUUGGAGCUGAAAAAGAAAAGAGUCCUUAUCCCAGGUACGCGGAAAUCCACAACUGAGACAGUAUCUUCAAAACCAUAUUUUGUUUCAUUAGAAAAUCAACUGAUGAAUUUAUGCAAAGUGGACUCCACCAUGGUUCCAAAUUCAAAGCAAGACAAUCAAGAAUUUCAGAAAUCAAACAGCAAGAAGGCACAGAAGGUUAAAUUAUUGCAUCAACCAAUGGAAGUAAAAUCGUUUUCAAAACCAACCUCUUUCAAAGUGACAAAAAGAGAUUCACCAUGUUUCAGCAAUAAACCUCAAACUAAAGAAUUGAAUAAUGGCAAUUCCAAAAGUAGAAAACAUCUUAUACACAAUCUUCCAUUCAAUGAACUGCUUUCAAGAAAGUCAAAGAAACCCAAGGAGUUGCAAGCAAAAGUGAAGGAAAAAGAACCAGAAUUGGAUAAAAAUCUUCAAACUGUUGUCUCAAAAGUGGCAAAUAAACAAAUGCAAAAUAAAAUAGAUAGCAAAAAGAGUGUAUUUGGAAAGAAAGAGUUUGGUAAGUUAGCUAAUAUUUCAUUAGCAUCUGAAUUCACAGCAGUAACUCCAAAACCAAAAUGGCUCCAAGAAGCCAAAGUUACUCCAGCUGUAAAGAACUGGUUUGUGCAUAGAUUGGAAGAGAAUCUGAAUGGUGAAAAUAGUGAUUCAUCACCACAAGAUGGCCAGAAAGUCCAACUUAAAACAUCUUAUUCUUUGUGUGGAAAGACAUAUGAAGCAGCUAAAUAAAGGUCUAAUGUCCUGAAACAAGAUGGUGCACUGAGAGAUAAAGAGAUUGAAGAAAGUUCAGAGAAAAUAUUAUUUGGCUUUAAUGAAAAUCUCUGUCGAAGAUCAUGUGUUCAGGAAAAUAACAUGUUAAAACAUAAAAAAAAGGCAGCCAAUGAGUAACUGAACUGAUCUCAUACUGGAAUCACUUUGUAAGCAAACACAUUUUAGAACAGAUUAAUUUAAUUUGAUCAAUGAAGUAUACUGACCAGUAGAUUAAAAUUACAUACAGAAGUAAAACUACCCCUCAUCCUUCUUAUGAUCACUGUUUUCUUCAAAAACUACUACUUAAAUGACUGUGAAAGAUGCAAAAUUUUUAAAUGUCCAAAUGCCAUAUUGGUGAACCAACUUCUUUUGAAGUUAUUAACUAACCCUAGUCAUGUACUAAUUUUCAAAAUUGUGGAAUGUCUGAACAAUAUACAAAAUCUUCUAAACCACUUGUUUUUGUAAAGAAAUAAUUCUGUGUUGGUGGAAAAGGAACGGUGAAAUCAUUCUAGUAUUACAGGAUUGUACUCUUUCAGUCAGGUCACACAGAUGAUAGUCCAAAUGCCCACAGGUUUGAUUCUUUGUCAUAUUCCUUGGCAGAAAAGAUUACUUGAGUUUAUCUGUGUAUUGGAAUUUGCGUAAAAACACUAUGCUUUCCAAAGUUUGUUACUGAAUAUGUCAGAAAGUUGAGGUAAUAAACUGAACCGAAUGACUAAUACACCGAUAGAGUUGCUCUGGAUGGGAGGAGAAAUGGAUCAAUACUCUUCCUAUGAACUAGAAUUAUGUUCCUUUCCAAAUUUUCACUUGUUUUCUCAUUAUAGAAGUACAAAUAAGAAAUCAAAAAGUACUUGGAUAAGCACUUGAAGUGCCCUAAUGUAAAAGACCAUGGGCCAAGAGCUAAAGGCUGGAUGAUUCUGUCAGCCAGCUUCCAUGCUGUACAUUACUAUGAUUCUAUAAAUUAAAUGACUAGAAUAAUACUGACUGUGAGUAAUUAAAGUACAAUAUAUAUUUAGUAAUUAGUAUAACAAACAUAAGCAGAGGGAUAUGUUUUCCGUAGUAUGUAAGCUGUCCUCCUGAUUAUCUGGAGGAAGCUCCAUCAUGAGGCAGCUAAUCACGAGAAUAUUAAUAUGUUAGAAGUUCAAACAUCUACUUACGUAUGAAAUGCAUUGAAGAAAGCUAUUAUGAUACCUAAGAAGAGUUCUGCAAAGUUAUUUAAGUAGUUGAAGAAGAUCUACCUUUGUAAUGUAUAGAUUGACCAUCUAUGGUAUCUGAAUAAA